AUGGCUCGUCGUCCGUCUGGCAUCUCUGGCAGCCGCCGCCCCUCCGUGCUCGACGCGCCCACCUCCAUCUCGAGGAGGCAGUCGAGCACCGGCUCCAGGAGGCCUUCGAUUGAUCCCUCCAGGCUGGUGCCCAUGGACAGGGCGUCCCACAUUGGCGGCACAGAGGACUUCAACGUCGUCUUCGUCGGCGCGGGCAACAUCAUGUUCGGUUCGGACGAGGGUCCGUGGAACCACUCCUUCCGCUUUGAGCACAAGCUCGGCCCGCGCCUGAAGGUCGUCGCGCUCAUCGACCCCGCGAUCGACCGCGCCACCGCGGUGCUCCAGAAGAAAUGCGAGACGUUCGUGCGCUCCGCGUACGAGAACACGCGCGUGUUCAAGACGCUCGAGGACUUCGUGCGCAACAUGUCCAAGAAGGACAUGCCGCGCGCGGUCAUCGUCGGCUCGCCGCCCAUGUUCCGCGGCACGCUGCAGCCCGGGCGCGACAUCGAGUCGCAGAUCAUGAAGUGCUUCCCCGGCGUCGCGAUGUUCAUCGAGAAGCCCGCCGCGACGGGCCCCGCGAGCGAGAUCCCGGAGGCGUUCGCGGUCGCGAAGAAGAUCGACGAGGCGGGCACGCUCUGCUCCGUCGGGUACAUGCUGCGCUACCUCAAGGCCGUGCAGAUGAUGAAGCAGAUCAUCGAGGAGAACAACCUGACGGUGAUGGCGACGAUCGCGCGCUACGCAUGCGCGUACGAGGCGAUCGCGAAGCCGGACUGGUGGGACAAGGCGAAGAGCGCGGGCCCGAUCGUCGAACAGGGCACCCACUUCUGCGACCUCUCGCGCUACUUUGGCGGCGAGGUCGACAUGGCCAGCGUCUCCGCGCACUCGCUCGAGUGGGACGAGAACGCGGGCACGCUCUCGAAGAUGCAGGUCGACGAGACGGCCAUCCCCGCCGAGAACAGGAUUCCCCGUGUCACGGCCGCGACCUGGAAGUACGACAGCGGCGCGGUCGGCAGCUUCACCCACCUUGUCGCGCUCCAGGGCCACAAUUACAGCUGUGAGCUCGAGGUGUACGCCGAUGGCUACCAGCUCAAGCUCGUGAACCCCUACGUUCAGCCCGUGUUGUACAUCCGUAGACCCGGCAGCGACUUGGAGGAGAUGCACACGUUCCCCGACGACGAUCCCUUCUUCUCUGAGAUCUCAGUCCUGAUCGACAACAUCGAGGAUAUCGAGGAGGACCCCGACACUGCUCAGAUUUUGAGCUCGUUCCAGGACGCGUGCAAGACGUACGAGCUGACUUGGGCCAUCCGUCUCGCUGCGGAGCAGAAUCGCAAGCUCAAGUUGGAGUCGCAGAAGGCGGCUGCGGCGGCUGCCCCCGCGCCCGCAUAA